CUGAGGGGUACCCUUCAGAGCUACAACUGGAAAAUACAGCUGAAAUCCAGUGGUGCUCUGCCUGUCUCUCUGGCUGAAAUAAAAAGCAACAUGCCCACCGUGAAGAGACUUUUCAACACUUCACACUCAUCAGUGGAUUCAAAGGAAAUGAAAAAGUUCCAGCUACUCGCACAUAAGUGGUGGGAUGAAGAAGGAGAAUACUCAGCCCUUCAUUCUAUGAAUGAUAUUAGGGUGCCAUUUAUUAGAGAUACUCUGUUGAAUAUGAGUAGUAGUUACAAUUUGGGAAGUCCACUUUCUGGAGUAAAGAUUCUUGAUGUUGGCUGUGGUGGUGGUCUGCUAAGUGAGCCUCUAGGUAGACUGGGAGCUUCAGUUACUGGAAUUGAUCCUCUGGAGGACAACAUUAGAACAGCAGAUCAGCACAAGUCAUUUGAUCCGGUCCUGGCCAAGAGAAUACAGUACAAGUCCAGUUCACUGGAGGAGAUUGUGGAAGAGUCUAUGGAAACCUUUGAUGUAAUCGUAGCUUCUGAAGUAGUGGAGCAUGUGGCUGACCUUGAAAUGUUUAUCAAGUGUUGCUCUCAGGUGUUAAAGCCUGAAGGUUCUUUAUUCAUUACUACAAUCAAUAAAACGCAGUUGUCCUAUGUCCUGGGAAUUGUGGUUGCAGAAAAAAUAAUAGGCAUUGUCCCGGAAGGAACACACGAGUGGGAGAAGUUUGUUCCCCCUGAAGAGCUGGAGCGCCUCCUGGAAUCAAAUGGCUUUUCAGUCAAGACGGUGAAUGGGAUGUUGUAUAAUCCCCUCUCGGGGUCGUGGAGCUGGAUGGAAAGCACGAGCGUUAACUAUGCAGUGCACGCUGUGAAAUCUGGGGCUCAGGGACAGCCCAGCCCAACAGACGCCCUGUCAGAGAUGGAAAGUGAACAGCCCUCAGCCACAGCUGGCACUACUGUGUGACUCUCUGAGAUGGGUGGUGAUGGACUGCCACCAGGAACAGAAAAGAAGGUUUUGCCCAGGUGGACAUAAUAAAACCUUUUUUA